ACGUACUGUAUUCUCCCAACGUAUGCUAAUUUUUAUGUAUGACCUCUAACCCUGGUCUACCCUGAUGUCACAUGGUCCACCCCAAUCUACUGGAGCUCCAGUUCUGAUCCUGCCGUAUAACGCACCACACCUGUUACCCUGUUUUUCCUUGUAUAUUUUUACCAUUGUCUGUUGUCUGCCGCAUAUUGUCAGUGGAGGAGAAAGUAUACUGUACCCAAAGUAUAUUAUAGACCAGGGUUAUGUCACAUUUAUAGAUUAUCAUUUAGGUCAUUUUUCAUAAUAUAACUUAACUACCUUUUAUCAUACUCGGUAAUAUAGUGUGGUAGUUAGAAUUAUUUCAUUACUUUCUUAGUAUUUUGAUUGUGUAAACUUUAAAUAGUGCAUAAUGUACAGGAGAUCUACUAUUCGUCAGGAAAGAGGUGAACAUUACUUGGACUUUGUCAGGAGGAAAACAUCCUUGAGGAGUCUUGUUGAUCCAAGAACAUUUGUGUAUGACCUUGGACUCCUCAGUGAUGGAACAUCACAUACCACUAUUUGCGAGGUACUCAAAGGACAGUAUAGACUCGCCAAAGACCUGGGAGAUAGUAGAUGGAUUGAGACGACCAGACGGGAGACUGCCACCAUUUUGUGUUCAGACCGUUGGGUGGACGAUAACCUUCCUUCCCUGCUAGGUAACCACAGAAGCAGAAGAACCAAAACGUCGCAUACUGCUGAAGCUACUUCCUCAAUGUGUGUGGAUAUCCGUCUUAAGACGAACCCAAAUCUGGAAGUAGUGCGUACCAAUGCAGCAGAUUCAAACGCCCGCUCAAUGGAGAUCUCGGACUCUUCCGAAGUGCAUGGUGAAGCAGAUUCCUCUGCGGAUCAUGACACGGCGGAUCAAGAAUGUGGUAUCUCAGCCCCAACUGGAUUGAUGGUGAAUGUACGGGAACCUGAACCUACUUUCCCUGAGCCCAUACCAGUUAUCCACAACCCUGGUAAACGUAUGCACCCAGCACGUCAUGUGGAGGCAAAGCAAAGUACCCAGGAUGUCGGAUCGAAGCGCGCUCGAAUGGAUCAUAAUUUAUCCAUAACAGUUCUAACUAAACCGUCGUCUCAUCUUGCUCAGCUGUGUCCAUUCCCAAAUUGUGUUAAGAGGGAGAAAAAGAUCAAGCGUCAUGUCCAGCGCCAGCAUCUUCCUAGAAUUUUCAGUGACAUUAAGCCUAUUCGUUCUAUUGAUGAGUCUGUGUUAUGCCAGCUCCAGUACUCAUCGUUGAUAUCCUUGGUGAUAAGUGCCUUGGGACAAAAUGCUGAUGUGUAUAGCGCUGUUAAUUAUGUGAAUCAGUCUGGUGGGAUUCCAAAGAACACUAGUGUACAUCCAGACACCAUCGCCUGUAUGAGGAAAUUUAGUGUACCUCAAGGAUGGGCAGAACCACCAGAGGGAUUUACUGUGUCACCUGUUAAUUCCCCCGCAGCACUUUUCCAUUGGAGAUGCCUGGUAGUGUUGUUGUCACUGUUACCACCUAUUCAACGCGAAGAAUUUCGUGUAGACGGGCGCGUUAGAAGUGAUAUCAAACAUCCUACUAACACAGAGGACAGUCAAGUUCCAGUGGUAGACUCUUCAACUGAGGACGAAUUCACCGUGAUUGAUGUUAGCUAUAGUUCAGACGUAGAAGUUUGCAACGAAAAAAUCAUCACAGUGAAUGAAGCCUUCGAUAGUCAUUUCCACUUGGAUCGGACUAGUUUCCGUAUUUGGAAGAAAUCAUCAGGAAAAUCUGUAGAUGACCUCAUUUCCUAUAGUUUAUCUGGAAAUCAACAUCCUCAACUUGACGUAUCUGUCGCAGGUGGAGUGAUCGUUUAUAGUGAACCCUCCACCCAUCCAGAGAUAGUGUCUGUUGAGCGACCUUGGGGAGUGGCUGUGGGAGUGCACCCCAAGCACAUAGAGGAAUUCUCCAGAGACAGAUUUCUCCAUAUGAAAGAACUACUAAACCGUCCUCAUGUAGUGGCUCUGGGAGAGGUUGGGUUGGACCGAACUGUGCCAGUAAAGUUAUGGAGGCGACAGGAAGAUGUUCUAUGUCAAGUGUUAACUCUUAGCCGAAAGGACAAAGUUCUCGUUCUGCACUUGCGUGGAACUCCCGCUGACAGGAUUGGGAUGGAUGUGCAUGCACGGUGUAUGCAGAUAUUGCAUACGUCUUGUGAUUCUGACCAACCAAUACAUCUUCAUUGCUUUACUGGCGAUGCGAGGCUGGUGAAGGAGUGGAUGAACAGUUUUUCACAUGUUUACUUUGGAUUCACAGGUGCCGUGGAGACUUUCAGUACGGACCAGAUUGAUGGACUUCAUGCAGUCCCAAUGAAUCGUAUGUUGCUGGAAACAGAUUCCCCCUACAUGAAGCCAGGUGGUGGAUACAUAAAUACCCCGGCGUUCAUUGGUGACGUGGCCACCGUAGUUGCAUCCAAGUUACAGAUAUCUGUGCGGUAUCUGCUCAAUGAAACUGUGAAGAACUGUCGUAAGCUCUAUGCACUAUAAUUAUGUAUUUUGUAUUUUUCUGCUGGAUCCAGGACUGGAUAUUUUUCGGUCCAAAUUUGAGUGGAAUUUAUCACUACAUAAUAAUUGUUUACUCUGUUUUUAUAAGUGUUCCUCUGCUUCAUUAAGGGUCCGAUAAUUUCAGCCCAGAUUUAUGCGAGGAAACCUGUGUAUAUAUAUAUAUAUAUAUAUAUACAUUAUAUAUGAGCUAAAAAGAUAGGGAUAUGUUGUUAUUAUUUUUCUAUAAAGUUGGUCUUUAAAUGGGUCUUUUUUCCCAUAAUUGUAUGAUAGAGUAUACGUUGGUCUUUUCAUUAUAAAAUGGGGAGGAGUGUAGUGUAAACACGUACUGUAUUCUCCCAACGUAUGCUAAUUUUUAUGUAUGACCUCUAACCCUGGUCUACCCUGAUGUCACAUGGUCCACCCCAAUCUACUGGAGCUCCAGUUCUGAUCCUGCCGUAUAACGCACCACACCUGUUACCCUGUUUUUCCUUGUAUAUUUUUACCAUUGUCUGUUGUCUGCCGCAUAUUGUCAGGUAAGACACCAGAUAUUUGAACUAUAUGUUUUGUA